AUUUCAGCUCUGUUCCUUAUGACAUCCCCUAAAAUUGCUUCCCUCUCAUGGGGACAAAUGAAAGUGCAGGGCUCUACUGUAACCUAUAAGGAUUGCAAGGUAUGGCCAGGAGGCAGCCGGGCUUGGGAUUGGAGAGAAACAGGAACUGAGCAUUCUCCUGGGGUGCAGCCCGCGGAUGUGAAGGAAGUUGCUGAGAAGGGUGUACAGGCACUUGUGAUUGGCCGAGGGAUGAGUGAGGCCUUAAAGGUGCCUGCAUCCACUGUGGAAUACCUUGAGAAACAAAGCAUUGAUGUGUGGGUCCUCCAGACAGAGCAGGCAGUGAAGGAGUAUAAUUCUUUGGUUGCUCAAGGGGUAAGAGUAGGAGGUGUCUUCCAUUCCACCUGCUGAUGGAGCCUUAAGAGAAUAAACCACUAAGCGACGAGG